AUGGCGUCCACUCCCUUCCUCGAGCGCGACUAUCACUCCCUCAUCGUCAUCACCUGGUGGGCCCUCGGUGAGAUGCUUCGCAUCAAGUCCCAGCCCCACCGCGGCAAGAUCGGCUACUUGUCCUUCGCCCUUUACUUCGCCGUCCUCAUCGCUGUGGUCUUCGCCUACUCUGUCCAGCAGAUCGGAUACCUCAUCGUCCUCAUCCUCCACAGUACCGGCUACAUCGCAUACACUGCCCUGCCUACCAACAUCACUGGCGGUGCCAGGGGUGGGAUGCUCGGUAAGACCAGCACCGACGAGGAGAAGAAGGGCGCGAAGGGUAACAAGGAUAACAACCCCAUCGACGAGAGCGGCAAGGUUCCGGACGGGGGGACCAUCAACGACGGGCCCGGUGGUAAGGAUAAUGAUACCUUCUACAUCGAGGACAGCCCUAUCUCCACCCCCGACCUGAUCUACUCGGACGAGGAAGACUCCCCAAGCCCGGCCCAUACCCCCCACCGCGCGUUCCCCGGCUACACUCGUGCCGCCGGCUCGAGCUACGACGCACUCUUCCCCCUUCGCACUCCCCUGUCCAUGGGUCGAGCUCUGCCCACUAAUAGAGACCAGCUCCUCGCCGACAUCCAGGCGCUGCGCGGUGACGAAGACCCCGCGCCGGCGUACGAGGACUUCGAUCCGCUGGGCGAGUACUCGUCCGGCUGCGUGUCCCUCGGGGCGCCCAUCCAGCUCGGUGGGCCCUCGUCCGGCUGUCGCGCUUUGGGUGUCGACUCCAAGGUGGAGGGUCGGAUGUGUAGAAGAGGGACCCCCGCCCGAGCCCUCGGGAGCGCCCUCGGGAGCAUCGUCUGCAGCGAGAGAUCUGGUGUUGCUCGCCGGGUUUCGUCGCCUACGCUUCGGCGGCUCAGGCUUUUCGGGAGUGGACGGAGGGGUGGCGACAUUGGGAUCGGGGAUGGAGAUAUCGUCAACGCGAAUGACAUAAAUCCCGGUGGGCUCGCGAAUAGUCCACCCACGCGUGGUGAGGAGCCCAAUCCUCAAGCACGCUAUGCAUCAAACUACAGCAUGCAAGAAAAGAGGAACCGUCUAUCUUGGGAGCUUAGAUGCUAUAGCGCUUUUCAAAGAGAGGUCGAUUUCGUGUUGGCAGGCUAA